UGAUUCUUAAACCUCGGCCAUCCAAGGCGCAACGCAGACACAUCCACAGCAGUUCGAACGGACCGCAUACAUAACGACCGACGACAACAAGUAUGGCAUCCGCCGCGCCAGACAAGGAGAAGGACAAGUCCAAGGUGCACAAGCUGUCGCUCAAAGGAAGCGCAAAGCUUGUUGCCGAGUUUUUCCAAUACUCGAUCCAUACGAUCCUCUUCCAGCGAGGCGUUUACCCCGCCGAGGACUUCACGGCCGUCAAGAAGUAUGGCCUCAACAUGCUGGUCUCGUCCGACGACCAAGUGCGAGCCUACAUCAAGAAGAUCAUGAUUCAGCUCGACAAGUGGAUGAUAGCAGGCAAGGUUCAGAAGCUCGUCAUCGUCAUCACCGACAAGGACACAGGCGAGCACGUCGAGCGCUGGCAGUUCGACGUACAAAUACUCGGCAAGCCCAGCAAAUCCUCAAAGCCCAAAUCCAAAUCGUCAUCAUCUUCAUCAUCACAACCACAAGGGACAACCGACCAAGAAAACGCGGCCGCCUCCGGGCCCGGGAAACAACAACAACAACAACAACCAAACCAGAACCUGGAACCCUCCCGCGACAAGACAGAGGCCGAGAUCCAGGCCGAGAUCGCCGCCCUGUUCCGCCAGAUCACCGCCUCCGUCACCUUCCUGCCCCAGCUGCAGGGCGACUGCACCUUCAACGUGCUCGUCUACGCCGACGCCUCGAGCGAGGUGCCCGUCGAGUGGGGCGACAGCGACGCCAAGGAGAUUGUCAACGGCGAGCGCGUCCAGCUGCGCGGCUUCAGCACCCAGAACCACCGCGUCGACACCCUCGUCAGCUAUCGGCUGGUGGAUUGAAGCACAUUCAAGACUGGUCACAUCAAAAUGACAGCGGGAAGGGAAGGGAACACAAAGAAGGGGGAUUGGUCUUUUGCUUUUUCGUUUUUUUCCUCCCUCAUCUGAAUGGACGUCUAAUGAUUUUUGCUCUCUUCAUUCGGGAUUGGCAGGGAGUUGAGGAGUUGGAGUGGAAGGACAGGAAAGUAAACAGGCUCAACAAGCAGUGGAUAAUCGGAACGA